UUUGUCUUGUUUCAGAUCCGACUGCUAUGUAACCGGAAAACAAUGGUUUGUGAAAAGUGUGAAAAGAAAGGAAAACUUGGAAAGGUGAUAACCCCGGAUCCCUGGAAGGCUGGAGCCAGUAAUAUAACCGACAACGGUGGAAGAAAGGUUGGAGAGAAUAAGCUGUUGACCUCUAAGAAGAACAGGUUUAAUCCAACCCAGGCCGAGUUCAAGAAGUGUCGGAUCUGUAAACAGAAAGUACAUCAGCCUGGUUCUCAUUACUGUCAGAGCUGUGCUUACAAGAAGGGUAUCUGUGCUAUGUGUGGAGUUAAAAUGUUGAAAACAAAGGAGUACAAGCAGUCAUCAGUUUAAACACAGUGAAAUCUUAA